AUGGCGCCAUGGACGACGAAGCUGCUGCCGCUGCUUUUGGUGCUCCUGCUUGUUGCCCGCGGCGGCGACGGCGCAGCGGUGUUCUCCGGGUACACGUUCAAGGGGCAGGGGGAGGCCGAGGCCUUCGAGGACGCGCUGCUGCGCCAGGCGUGCUUCAACGUCUCAUCCUCCGGCGCCGGGCGCGGCCAUUGCGUCUCGCGCCUCGACACGGCGCGCGGCGGGGCCGGCAGCGGCCCGGUGCCCGUUCUCCGCGCCGCGCUCCGCGACACGCUCAGCGAGGCCGUGGGCGCCGUAGGAUCCGUCGCACGCCUGGCGUCGCUUUCCAACCACGAGCGCGAGGAGAUGGCCGUGCGCGACUGCAUCGAGCUGCUGGGGUACUCCGUCGACGAGCUCGGCUGGUCGCUCGACGCCAUGGCCGAGCCCAUUGAUGGCGCGGAGUCGGAGGCGGAGACGCAGCACGGCACGGCGUCCGGUGGCGUCCGCAGCGGCGCGCGCGCCGAGGACGACAUGCACGCCUGGCUUAGCGCCGCGCUGGGCAACCAGGACACCUGCACGGAGGGCUUCCGCGGCACCGACGGCCGCCUGCUGCACCGCGUCGAGGCGUCCGUGACGCAGCUGACGCAGCUAGUGAGCAACCUCCUCGCCAUGCACAAGCGGCUGCGCAGCAUCAUGCCGCUGCGCCAGCGCGUCAAGAACGACACGGCGGCGUCCGGCGCCGACUCGGAGCUGCCUCCGUGGGUGGCGGACAUCGCCGGCGGCAUCAACGAGGAGAUCUCGGAGAAAGCGCGCGCCCGGGGCCGGUCCGGCGGGAAGAAGGCGAUGCGGGUGGACGUGGUGGUGGCGCAGGACGGGAGCGGGAGGUACCGGUCCGUCGGCGAGGCGGUGGCGCGCGCCCCGAACCACGGCAGGAGGAGGUACGUCAUCUACGUGAAGCGAGGGGUGUACUACGAGAACGUGGACGUGAAGAAGAAGAAGACCAACAUUGUGAUCGUCGGCGAGGGCAUGGGCGAGACCGUCAUCACCGGCAGCCGGAGCUUCUCCAGCGGCUGGACCACGUUCCGGAGCGCCACCUUCGCCGUAUCCGGCGCGGGGUUCAUCGCGCGGGACCUGACGAUCCGCAACACGGCGGGGCCGGCGGCGCACCAGGCGGUGGCGCUGCGCGUGGACGCGGACCGCUCCGCCUUCUUCCGCGUCGCCGUGGAGGGGCACCAGGACACGUUGUACGCGCACUCGCUGCGCCAGUUCUACCGCGACUGCCGCGUCUCCGGCACCGUCGACUUCGUCUUCGGCAACGGCAUCGCCGUGAUCCAGCGCACCACCCUCGCCACGCUGCCGCUGGCGCCGGGGCAGACGGGGAGCGUCACGGCGCAGGGCCGGAAGGACCCGAACCAGAACACGGGCUUCUCCAUCCACAACUGCGUCGUGGAGGCCAAGCACCCGACCUACCUCGGCCGGCCGUGGAAGCCCUUCUCGCGGGUGGUGGUCAUGGAGUCCUACCUCGGCGCCGGCGUGCGCUCGCGCGGGUGGCUGGAGUGGGCAGGGGACGUCGGCCUCGGCACGCUGUUCUACGGGGAGUACAGGAACUUCGGGCCCGGUGCCGGGGUCGCCGGCCGGGUGAGGUGGCCGGGGUACCACGUCAUCAUGGACCCGAAAUGGGCCAGCCGCUUCACCGUGAGGCGCUUCAUCGACGGCCUCGCUUGGCUUCCGUCCACCGGCGUCACCUUCACCGCCGACCUAAUCAAGAAAUGA